CAUACGUAGUCGACUGCUUUUCCCUUGCCUGUCAGAAAAACGAAUUUUGAGAGUUGACUGACAAUCUAAUGUGGCUAACAUAUGUUGUUUGUAUUUUGAUGUACACCUAUACAAAUUAGUUUUAGUUAAAAGUUUAGAACGUAAAUUUUUAAAAUGACCUUCAUUAAAAGCUGGGAAGAUUUUGAAAAGGCUGCAGAGAAGCUCUACUUGGCCAAUCCUAUGAAGGUUCGUUACACAAUGAAGUACAGACAUAUCGAUGGUGCUUUGGUGCUGAAAUUUACUGAUGAUGCCGUGUGUUUGCAAUACAGAACAGAGGUUCAGCAGGAUUUGAAGAAGAUUGAUAGAUUUAUGACUAACCUCAUGCGGCACAUGGUUUCCAGCGACAAAUAAACUGUGAUUUUUUGUUGCAUUUAAUGAUGUAUCCUCAAUGUUUCAUAUUAAUUCUGAUGGUUCAUCAAUAUCCAUUACUGAUAUCAUACAAAACACUGAGAAUA